GUGUUUCAUGCUUAUGAUGAUGUUUAGUUUGUGAACAAAAUCGUGGUGGAUACGGCUUUUUGGAGGGUGGCGAGGUGCCGUGGAAUCGUUUUCCCUUUUUCCGAGACGAGUGCGGGACGGGGUCGGGCCGGGCGACGUCGGUGGGCCGAGACACGGAGACCGUCCUGUCAGGGCGAGCGAUCCGGCCGUCCUCUCGCCGCCGGACCUCGUGGCCGCGACGCUCCGGGCCCCGUCUCGGAUCUCCGAUCCUCGGCACCUUUUUUACCUCGAUUCGUCUGAGAUCUAGACUUCCAAAUUAUUAUCGCGAUUGUUUGUAUUCUAGAGGCUGUGAUUCGAGACCCACCCAUUAUUGGGAUGCCAGAUGGAAUUUAUUUAUUUAAACGACUCUCGUCCCAAAUUGCAAGGAAAUGUUCAAGGCCCGUUAAGAAUUCGUAAAAAUUUUAAAAUCAGAAAAAAAUAUAAAAAAACGCAGGAAACCCCUUUUUUUCUUGUAGAAACUAAAGCUCAAAACCCAUUAUGUGUUCCUCCCGUGCAAUUAAUCUUGAAACGUUUCCGCAGGCAAAAAAAAUAAAACAAAAUGGACUCCGAUUCCGGUUGAAGCUACGUCGAAAAAGAUGGUGCUUGCGACUAGCUGGGCCGAUGAAAUGGAAAAGGAAAUCGACAAUUUCGCGACAGAUAAUGUUGUGCUUCCGACUGCCCCGCGAUCCUCGAGAGCCUCCAACUACGACGAGAGCAAGAUACCGUCUGUGCCGCCCUUCCAAGUCUACCUUUCGAACAUCCCAUAUGAAUUGACGGAGGACGAACUUGCCAAUUAUUUCAGGGAUUUGAAGAUAAAAAAUGUCAACCUCCCUCGUGAAGAGAGAGGUGGUGGAAACAGAGCCAGAGGAUUUGCCUACAUGGUCCUUGAGGAUAGAGCAAGUCUCAUAGCGGCUUUAAACAAAUCUGAUACAGUUAUUAAAGGUCGCAACAUAAACAUAGAGUUGGCGUCCAAUGACAGUGGUCGAGGUGGCGGCAUGAAUCGCGGAGGCAGGGGUAACCGUGAUGGCGGAAGGAGUGACAUGGGAGGACCGGAUAGGACAGCUACCAAUUGGAGGACUGGGCCCAGAUCCGAUGAAUUUCAAGACAGAUCGAGUAACUAUGACAGAGGAUAUGGUGGUGGUAGACGAGAAUUUUCAACUGCUGGAUAUAGGACAAAUUAUGAUCGGGAAGACCGAGGAGGGUAUUAUAGAGAUGACAACAGGGGAGGAUUUGAUAGAGAAAGGUUUGGUGGAAGGGAUGGAGAUAGACGUGAAGGAGGAUUCAACUACGAUAGAGACAGAGGGUACGGCCGUGAAGAAAGGGGCUUUGGGGGUGAUAGAGACAGGGGCUUUAGUCGUGGUAGAGAUGAUAGGGAUGAUAGGUAUGGUCGUGAUGAUAGGGGCAGUAGCCGUGGUCAGUGGAGGGAUGAGUCUAAGAGUUUCAAUAAGUUUGAUGAUAGACGUGACAGAGAUAGAGACACAAGAUAUGGGCCAAAAAGGGAUGAUUUACCUCCUCCUAGCGAAAGAGGACCAGGGCCAGCACCUCCCAAACAGAGGCCAGUUCUAAAGCUUCUGCCUAAAUCUACUACAACUCCUUCAGAAGAGAAUGGACCUGCUUCAUCCACAGCCUCUAUAUUUGGUGGUGCAAAACCUGUCGACACUGCAGCAAGAGAGCGAGAAAUUGAAGACAGGCUUAUGAGAGCCUCUGAGGAUAUAAAUGGAAGCAGAUCUCGAGGCUUAGGAAGUGGGCUUUCUUCUCAUAAAGAUUCCCAAUCAGAAUCUGAAAAUAAAAGAGUUGAGCCAGCUCCACCACCAAAAGAGAACCCCUGGUCAAGAAAUAGACUACAUUCAUCAGAAACAACUAACAAUGGUAGGACUACACCUGAUGAUAGCUCCAGCGCUCCAUCACAGGAUGACAGGGGUGAUUCCAAUAAAAGUUGGGGCCGACAUCGACAGGAAUCUAAACGAAAUGAUGAAUCAAAAUGGGGAAAAGGCCCUCCAAAGUCAUCUGCUAACAAUUACAGCUCAGAAAAACUAAAAGGCGGGAAAGAUGAAAAAACCCCUGGAAAGUUAAGAGAGUCAAAGAAGGAAAAUGUAGAUGAUUUUAACAAAAUGCCCAAAGUUCAAGAAACUACAGUCCCUAAUUUUGCCGGGUCCAAUAAGUUCAGCACUUUGGUCGACUCUGAUGAAGCCCCAACAGAAUAAUUUCACUCCUCUUCUUUAGAGAUUGUAUAAAUUCAGCCUACAGUUAACACUUCAACUAUGUCUGCUGGUAGUAGACCCCUCUGAAGAACAACCAUUGUAAAAAGAAAAAUUGGGAUAAGGAAAAUGUAUAGUUUCUUCAAGCAUAUGCCAUUUUUAACGAUCGUAAAAGUUUGUAUUAAUACAAAACUUCGCCCUCUCCUAUCUUCACAUUUUCUCCCCCUCUAUGUUUACCUCAAUAUUACCCCCUCGCCAGCCCUCGUACCCCUGUAGCAUUGUAAAAUAGACGCUAUCGUUCCAAUGUGAUAAUAGAGUCAUAAAUUUAUUUCUUUAAUUUAUGAUUUUGUUAUGUUAUGCUUGUUUGUGUAAUAUAGCUAUUACACAUGGCUGGAUUAUAUUAGCAACUUAUGAGAAUGUGGACUAUAUAAAUAUUGUAAAAAUGAAAACUGAAAAACAAAAAAAAACACUCUGCCAAUUUAAUAAAUAUUGGACUGAUUCUAUUUAUAAACUAUAAUAACACAUUGUAAUUAACUAGUUCCUAGAGAAAUUUGGAAUAAACAAUUUGAAUAGCCUUUGAAUACGAUAAGACUUAAAAAUGGUCACUUUUAAUUAAGACAACUUUGGCAAUUGUGCUACAUCAAUGGGUCAUGUUUACACUUUAUCAUUUCAGAAUAUAUAAUUGUGCUAUCUACACCCCAUGUAACCAAAAAUUGUUUGAAAAAAAAUUUAAUACUAUAAUGCUGUCCCACUAAGAAAGUUUUGUGCCUCAUUGAUCUACUCUUCAUCUAGUGGCUCAGCUUGUUCUAAUUCCACAACCAAUGGAUUAAUAAAUUGUUGUAUGCUUGGA